AUGGAUGUAUAUGUUACUGUUCAAACUAAGACCGUUGAAAAAACUUCACCUUUUCCCUUAACCGUUUACGACCCACUAAUAAACGAGAAAUCGAAUUUACCUCGUUUAACGACUACUUUAGUAUGCGAUGACAUUGAUAAUCCAUCGGUUGCGCUACCUUUAACAUCCACCAAAGUUCAAAACCUUAUUCAAGAAGCUGAACAAAAACUUGGUGCACAAGACGUGCAAGAAUAUUCUCAGUCAAUAAUUUUAUUACAACAAGCAACUAUUUUGGGCUCAGCGUACGCAGCAGCGAAACUCGGCGCUCUCUAUCUUGAUCCACAAAACAAUUUAACGGCUUCGAAUUAUCUUUCGGCAGUCGGUUAUUAUUCUAUCGCUUUAAAACUUAUAUCAAUGAUCCCUUGCAAAUGGUGGGAUUUGACAUUGCUUUUUGAUAUAAUUUCUGGUGGAUGGUACGAACUAAUCUGCUCUCGAUUUGAUCGUCGAAGGGAUUCAUAUACUUGGAAUCACGGAAUUAAACUUAUGAAACAAAUUGAUAAAAAACUUCAAGAUCCAGAUUUUAUUAAAGUUUUAUCACUUAAAGAUACUAAAAAAUAUCGCGCCAUCAGAAUUUAUAUGGUAUUUUGUUAUGCUCUAACAGCUGAGGCUGAUAAUGACUAUCCUUUAGCAUUAAAAUUAUAUCAAGAGACGGAACGGAUAGGAUUUUGUGGAUUUAUUUUGGCAGAUAAAUUAAUUAAAAAAGCUCACACUAAAUAUAGAUUACUUGAAUCUAGGUUUGUUCAAAGUGUCAAACUGUCGCCUGUUGUAAUAGAGAUUGCUUAG